AUUAUUGAAGUAGAGAAGGUAAACAGAAUUGUAAGACAGAUCCGGGACGACUAUGGGGAAGAUUGUGAUUUUGUUAAGCAGUUUGACAUCCUGAUACAGAGCUAUUCAGAGGAUAAAGUCAUAAGUGAAGAAGGAGUGCAAGUAUGCAACGGCAUUUUCGAUGAUAGGAUUGGAAAACUAUGGGGCAUCAACAAAAUCAUCGCUGAAAAUCCCGAGAUAUUGGAGGUUCCCAUUAAAACUCCACUAUUUGUCACUGGUAACAUUAGAACUGGGUCGACAUAUAUGCAUCGCUUACUAUCCUUGGACUGAGCUGUUUUCACCACCUGUAUGGCAGUUAGAAAACCCUCUACCUCCGCCAGUUAGCUUCGAAGAAGACAG